AUGGCAUAUCACGGGAACUAUUCAUACUCGUGCGUGGUCGGGUGGGUGGAUAGACGGAGUGAGCUUUGUCAGCAGGAGAAGCAGAAAGAGUACUUAGCGGUUUACGACUUCAGGAUGUCUGUAAGCCACUGUCGGGGCCUAGCAAAGGCGGCAGGUUUGCCAUAUUUUGGUGUUGAGUAUGGCCAGCAGUGCUACGGCGGCUCUGACAUGGCGAGAGCAGUUUCGUUAGGCCCCAGUAACGGCUGCACGCUCAGCUGCUUGGGCGAUCCUAGCGAAAUUUGUGGCGGUGGUUGGGCCAUAGAUAUCUACGAAACCUCUCCCUCAGGUAUGGCAAGCAAGUACAGCAGCGGCUACAUCGGCUGUUUCGCCGACGAUGCGGACCGUGUCCUCCCUGAGCGCUUGGCGGACAAUGACCCCAACAUGUCUGUAAGCUACUGCCGGAACUUAGCCAAAGCUGCAGGUUUGCCAUAUUUUGGUGUUGAGUAUGGCCAGGAGUGCUACGGCGGCUCUGACAUGGAGAUAGCAACCAGGCUGGGCCGCAGUAGCAACUGCACACACAGCUGCUCGGGCGACACUAGCAAGAUUUGUGGCGGUGAUUGGGCCGUAAACAUCUAUGAAACCUCCCCGAUAGGUAUGUACGGCGAGCACAGAUGGACAUCAAAGGGCUACAUUGGCUGUUUCAACGACGACUGGGACCGUGCCCUCCCUCAAUACUUGGUCUAUUACGACCCGGGAAUGUCUGUAAGCUACUGUCGGGGCCUAGCAAAGGCAGCAGGUUUGCCAUAUUUUGGUGUUGAGUUUGGCCAGGAGUGCUACGGCGGCUCUGACAUGGCGAGAGCUAUCUCGCAUGGCCGCAAUAACACCUGCACGCACCGCUGCUCGGGUGAUCCUAGCGAAAUUUGUGGCGGUGGUUGGGCCAUAGAUAUCUACGAAACCUCUCCCUCAGGAUUUGAUUGUUUGAGAUCCCGUAGAAUUGUGAGGCUGUUGGUUAUUGUGACAUUUCGUCAGUCCCCGUCCGAGAUGGAGGACUUUGUUUUUACUCAGCUGGUAGACUUAUCGCCCACCCGGGCAUCCACCUUGGGGGGCUACAUCGGCUGUUUCGCCGACGAUGCGGACCGUGUCCUCCCUGAGCGCUUGGCGGACAAUGACCCCAACAUGUCUGUAAGCUACUGCCGGAACUUAGCCAAAGCUGCAGGUUUGCCAUAUUUUGGUGUUGAGUAUGGCCAGGAGUGCUACGGCGGCUCUGACAUGGAGAUAGCAACCAGGCUGGGCCGCAGUAGCAACUGCACACACAGCUGCUCGGGCGACACUAGCCAGAUUUGUGGCGGUGAUUGGGCCGUCAACAUCUAUGAAACCUCCCCGAUAGCGACAUCAGAGGGCUACAUUGGCUGUUUCGUCGACAAUGCGGACCGUGUUCUCCCCCAGUACUUAGCGGUUUACGACUACAGGAUGUCUUUGAGCUACUGUCGGGGCCUAGCAAAGGCGGCAGGUUUGCCAUAUUUUGGUGUUGAGUAUGGCCAGGAGUGCUACGGCGGCUCUGACAUGGCGAGAGCAGUUUCGUUAGGCCCCAGUAACGGCUGCACGCACAGCUGCUUGGGCGAUCCUAGCGAAAUUUGUGGCGGUGAUUGGGCCAUAGAUAUCUACGAAACCUCUCCCUCAGGCCAAUCGCCACCAGCUUUUUUCCACACAAUCCUGAAGAUGAUGGGACUUGGCGUCGCUGAGUGGCGGGUGUUUUCGGAGGUCGAGGUCGCAAGGUCAAGAAUGGUCUUGCAAUGGUCAAACGCCAUAUUGACGCUGACGCAGAAACGCAGCUGCUGGUUAGACCUGCUUAAAGUUGUAUCGUUUAGAGCAAAGGUCAACGAGACAUGCCAAGCGGGCGCCGGCCACGCUACUGCUUUAAAAGCGACGACAAUAAAGUUUAAGCAACACAGGCGCGCACAGUUUAAGCAAACAACACUCACUCAGCAACACGCUAAGGCUCUGCUCCAAUGA